AUGGGUGAUUCAUUAGAUGGGGCGGUCGAAACAAAUACCGAGUCACAAAACUCAAUAAUAGUUGAUUUUUUCUUAUUUACUAAUUAUUUACGAAAAGUCAUUUGUGUAUUACAUCCUGAUGAUUUAAUACCAUUUGCGUUCGAUUCUGCUAUUGAAGAUAAAAAUAAUCAAGAAUGUAUUCGAAAGUUCAUCAAUGAUUCUCAAGUUUGGGUACUCUGCAUUCAAAGAAUAUCUAGUAAAGAGGAUGACAGUGUUGAAGGUGAUGAUGAGAAAGAAAAUACUGUUUUCAUAUCGAAUGAAAUUCAUUUCACAAACCCUAAACUCGCUUCCAUUGUAUUUACUAAAAGAGGUACAAUAGUUGAAGCUGAUAAAUCAAUUCACUCCCAAUUACGACUUGUACUUUUUCCUGAUGGACCACCUUACGAGACUUUGCAUGCUAUUAGCAAAACUAUGGGUCCAUAUUUCAAAAGUUAUGUAAAAGAAAAGGGAAAAAUCGAUCGAGAUGGAGAUAAGAUGGCACCAUCAGUUGAAAAAAAAAUUGCUGAAUUAGAAAUGGGACUGUUACAUUUACAACAAAAUAUUGAUAUCCCUGAAAUAUCAUUACCAAUACAUGCAGUCAUUCAACAAAUUAUAAAACAAUGUAGUGAAGAAGGUAGAAAACCAAAAGUUGCAGAUUUUGGAACUAAGGUUGAAGAUUCUACUUUUUUGAAUCAACUUCAAAAUGGUGUUAAUAGGUGGAUCAAAGAGAUUCAAAAGGUUACAAAAUUAAAUCGAGAUCCUGAAUCUGGGACUGCUCUGCAAGAAAUUUCAUUUUGGUUGAAUUUGGAGAGAGCAUUACAUCGUAUACAAGAAAAAAGGGAAAGCAUCGAAAUAUCUUUAACACUUGAUAUAUUAAAGCAUGGGAAACGAUUUCAUGCUACAGUUAGUUUUGAUACUGAUACUGGACUAAAACAAGCUUUGGCAACCGUUAACGAUUAUAAUCCAUUGAUGAAAGAUUUUCCAAUAAAUGAUUUGCUUUCAGCAACUGAGCUAGAGCGUAUACGUUCUGCUAUUCAACAAAUUUUUAUACAUUUACGAAAAAUCAGAAAUACUAAAUAUCCAAUCCAAAGAGUUUUAAGACUUGUUGAAGCUAUUUCAAGAGAUUUAGGUCAACAAUUUCUAAAAGUGUUAGGAACACGACGACUAAUGCACAUUCCAUUUGAUGAUUUUGAAAAAGUAAUGACUCAAUGUUUCGAACUAUUUAAUACUUGGGAUGAUGAAUAUGAUAAAUUAACACAAUUAUUAAGAGAAGUAGUAAAACGUAAGCGAGAUGAACAUAUGAAAAUGGUGUGGCGUGUUUCCCCAGCUCACAAAAAAUUACAAACUAGAAUGGAACAUAUGAGACGUUUUCGUCGUCAACACGAACAACUUAGAACUGUUAUAGUUCGAGUUUUACGACCUGUUCGACAAAAUAAUAAUUCUUCUUUAGAUAAUAAUGAUAACGAUGUAAAAGCCGACUUUGCUUUAGAUGCGGCGGAUGCUAAUGCUAUAAGCGAAGUAAAUUUAGCUUAUGAAAAUGUUAAAGAAGUUGAUUGUCUGGAUAUUACUAAAGAAGGCUUAGAAUCAUGGGAAGCUGCGGUUAAUAGAUAUGAAGAACGUAUUGAACGGGUUGAAGCGCGAAUAACAGCUCAUCUUCGAGAUCAAUUAGGAAUAGCAAAAAAUGCUAAUGAAAUGUUUAGAAUUUUUUCUCGUUUUAACGCAUUGUUUGUAAGACCUCAUAUUAGAGGAGCAAUACGCGAAUAUCAAACUCAAUUAAUACAAAGAGUUAAAGAUGAUAUCGAAACUUUACAUGAAAAAUUUAAGGUUCAAUACAGUCAAAGUAAAUGUUGUAAAAUGAGCAUGAUGAGAGAUCUUCCUCCAAUUGCCGGUUCAAUUAUUUGGGUAAAACAAAUUGAUUUUCAACUUACAAUGUAUUUAAAACGAGUUGAAGAUGUAUUAGGAAAAGGUUGGGAAAACCAUAUUGAAGGUCAAAAGCUGAAAGCUGAUGGAGAUAGUUUUCGAAUGAAACUUUCUACUCAAGAGAUUUUUGAUGAUUGGGCUAGAAAAGUACAACAACGUAAUAUUGGAGUCACUGGACGUAUUUUUACAAUAGAAAGUGUAAGAUCACGAACAGGACGUGGUAAUAUUUUGAAAUUAAAAGUUAAUUUUUUACCAGAAAUUAUCACACUUUCAAAGGAAGUUCGAAAUUUAAAAAAUCUUGGAUUUCGUGUUCCAAUUACUAUUGUAAACAAAGCACAUCAGGCAAAUUUACUUUAUCCAUUUGCAAUAAGCUUAAUUGAAAGUAUUCGAACUUAUGAAAGAACAUUAGAAAAGAUUGAAGAUAAAUCAAAUAUUAUUCCACUAAUAGCUGGUUUACGAAGAGAUGUUUUACUUUUAAUAUCAGAAGGUAUUACUUUAAUUUGGGAAAGUUAUAAAUUAGAUUCAUAUGUUCAAAGACUAUCUGAUGUUGUGUUAUCUUUUCAAGAAAAAGUUGAAGAUCUUUUGGUGGUAGAAGAACAAUUAGACGUUGAUGUGAGAUCUUUAGAAACGUGUCCAUAUUCAGCUAAUACAUUUUCUGAUAUAUUAAUAAAAAUACAAAAAUCUGUCGACGAAUUAUCAUUAAAAAAUUUUUCAAAUUUACAUAUAUAUGUAUUAAGACUCGAUGAAGAAGUUGAAAGAAAUUUAGCUUCUCGCCUUGAAGCAGGAAUCAAGGCUUGGACCGAUGCACUUAUGGGUCGCAAAAAAGACGUGGAUUUUAGUAUGGAUACUGACGCUCCUACACAACCAACGCAUAAAUUAGGUGGCGAUCCGAAAAUACAAAAUCAAUUACACGAGGUUCGAAUCACUAAUCAGACUAUGUAUUUGUAUCCAAGUAUCGAAGAUGCUAGGUUUCAAAUAAUGCAACAGUUAUUUGCAUGGCAGGCAAUUGUUACUUCACAGGCCCGCCUUCAAAGUUCUCGAUAUCAAGUUGGUUUGGAUAAACUAGAAUUAUGUACGUACAGAAAUUUGUUAACAAAAUUACCUUCAGGAAAGUCUUCGCUCGAAGCUGCUUAUGAAGCAGUUGAAUGUAAAAUGCAAGAAAUUGUAUAUUACGUUGAUCAGUGGUUAAGGUAUCAAUCAUUAUGGGACCUACAACCUGAAAAUUUAUAUGGUAAAUUAAGUGAAGAUAUAACACUAUGGAUGAAAUGUUUAAAUGACAUUAAGAAAACAAGAACAACAUUUGAUACGUCCGAUACAAGAAGAGAAUUUGGUCCAGUAAUUAUAGAUUUUGCUAAAGUUCAAAGUAAAGUUUCAUUAAAAUAUGAUUCUUGGCAUAAAGAAACAUUAGGUAAAUUUGGAACUUUACUUGGAAAUGAAAUGACAAGUUUCCAUGUACAGGUGUCAAGGUCAAGGUGUGAUCUUGAACUACAUUCUAUUGAAGCAUCAAGUACUUCUGAUACUGUCAGCUUUAUAACAUAUGUACAGUUAUUGAAAAGAAAAAUGAAAGCAUGGGAAAAACAAGUUGAUAUAUAUAGAGAAGGUCAAAGAAUUCUUGAGCGUCAAAGAUUUCAAUUUCCAUCACAUUGGUUACAUGUUGAUAAUAUAGAAGGUGAAUGGGGAGCGUUUAAUGAAAUUAUCAAACGAAAAGAUACAUAUAUUCAGACGCAAGUAGCAUCCUUACAAUUAAAAAUCGUUGCUGAAGAUAAAGCCAUUGAAAGCAGAACAUCCGAUUUUCUCAGCGAUUGGGAACAAGGAAAACCUGUAGAAGGACAUUUACGCCCGGAUGAUGCAUUGCAGCAACUUCAACUAUUUGAAAAUAAAUUUACACGUCUAAAAGAGGAACGCGAUAAUGUUACUAAAGCUAAAGAAGCCUUAGAACUUUUAGAACCUGGCAUAAUGUCAAUUAAUGAAGAUCGAAUGCAAGUAGUAUUUGAAGAACUUCAGGAUUUAAAAGGAGUUUGGUCAGAAUUAUCCAAAAUUUGGACACAAAUCGAUGAAACUCGAGAAAAACCAUGGCUAUCAGUACAACCAAGAAAACUUCGGUUACAAUUGGACACUAUGUUAACGCAAUUAAAAGAGUUACCAGCAAGGUUAAGGCAAUAUUCAUCAUACGAAUUUGUAAAAAAAAUGCUUCUAAAUUAUACUAAAGUUAAUAUGUUAAUUGUUGAACUUAAAUCAGAUGCAUUAAAAGAAAGGCAUUGGAAAUUGCUAAUGAAACAAUUGAGAGUUAAUUGGGUGCUAAGUGAAUUAACUCUAGGUCAGGUAUGGGAUGUUAAUUUACAAAAGAAUGAAGGAAUCGUUAAAGAUAUUAUUUUAGUUGCACAAGGUGAAAUGGCUUUAGAAGAAUUUCUUAAACAAGUUCGAGAAUCGUGGCAGAAUUAUGAGUUAGAUUUAAUUAAUUAUCAAAAUAAAUGUCGAUUAAUUCGUGGCUGGGAUGAUAUUUUUAAUAAAGUUAAGGAACAUAUCAAUUCAGUCGCUGCAAUGAAAUUAUCACCUUAUUAUAAAGUAUUUGAAGAAGAAGCCUUAACGUGGGAAGAAAAACUAAAUCGAAUAAAUUCUCUGUUUGAUAUUUGGAUAGACGUACAACGUAGAUGGGUAUAUUUGGAAGGAAUUUUUUCUAGUAGUGCUGAUAUUAAAACUCUUUUACCUGUAGAAACAUCACGGUUUCAAAGUAUUAGUUCUGAGUUUUUAGGUUUAAUGAAAAAAGUAUCAAAAUCUCCUAUGGUGAUGGAUAUAUUAAAUAUUCCUGGAGUCCAACGAUCUCUUGAACGACUUGCUGAUCUUCUUGGAAAAAUACAAAAAGCAUUAGGGGAGUAUUUAGAAAGAGAAAGAACUUCUUUUCCACGCUUUUAUUUUGUCGGAGAUGAAGAUUUAUUAGAAAUAAUCGGGAAUAGCAAAAACGUAUCAAGACUUCAAAAACAUUUUAAGAAAAUGUUCGCUGGGGUUGCAUCCAUUGUACUAAAUGAAGAUAAUACGAUAAUUAUUGGUAUAGCUUCAAGAGAAGGAGAGGAAGUUAUAUUUCAAAAUCCCGUUUCUACAAUUAGCAAUCCCAAAAUCAAUGAAUGGCUGACUCUUGUAGAAAAGGAGAUGCGAGUUACUCUUGCUUCUAGUCUUGCAAAUGCUGUACAAGAUAUUAAAAGUUUCAGAGAGGAUAAUGUUAAUUCACAAUCUUUAAUGAAUUGGUGUGAUAAUUAUCAAGCACAAAUUAUUAUAUUAGCGGCACAGAUACUAUGGUCAGAAGAUAUUGAAACUGCAUUGCAAGAAGCUCAAGACAAUUUAAAAAGUAAUCCAUUAAAUCGUGUUCUUAUACAAGUCGAAAGUACUUUAAAUAUUUUGGCUGAUUCUGUACUUCAGGAGCAACCACCGUUAAGAAGAAAGAAGCUUGAACAUUUGAUUAAUGAGUUUGUUCAUAAACGUACAGUUACUAGGAGAUUAAUUUAUAAUAAUGUUUCAAAUCCGAAAGCGUUUGAAUGGUUGUGCGAAAUGAGAUUUUAUUUUGACCCUAGGCAAACAGAUGUUCUUCAACAAUUAACAAUACACAUGGCGAACGCAAAGUUUUAUUAUGGAUUUGAAUAUUUAGGAGUCCAAGAUAGGCUUGUACAAACGCCGUUAACUGAUAGAUGUUAUUUAACCAUGACACAAGCAUUAGAAUCACGAUUAGGAGGAUCACCAUUUGGACCAGCUGGCACUGGAAAAACGGAAUCCGUGAAAGCGUUAGGACAUCAGUUAGGAAGAUUUGUCCUAGUAUUUAACUGUGAUGAAACUUUUGACUUUCAGGCAAUGGGUCGAAUAUUUGUUGGUUUAUGUCAAGUAGGUGCUUGGGGAUGUUUUGAUGAAUUUAAUAGAUUAGAAGAACGAAUGCUAUCCGCUGUCUCUCAACAAGUUCAAACUAUUCAAGAAGCUUUAAAAAGUCAAAUUGAGGGUCGCAAAGAUGAAGCCUUAUGCGUAGAACUAGUAGGAAAACAAAUUAAAGUAGCAACAGAUAUGGCUAUUUUUAUCACAAUGAAUCCAGGAUAUGCUGGUAGAUCAAAUUUACCAGAUAAUUUGAAAAAACUAUUUAGGUCCUUAGCUAUGACAACACCAGAUCGUCAACUUAUAGCAGAAGUAAUGUUAUUCAGUCAAGGAUUUCGAUCAGCAGAAAAAUUAGCUUGUAAAAUAGUACCAUUUUUUAGACUGUGUGAUGAACAACUUUCAAAUCAAUCGCAUUAUGAUUUUGGUUUGAGAGCAUUAAAAUCUGUAUUAAUAUCGGCUGGAAAUGUAAAGCGUGAUCGAAUUCAAAGAAUUAAAGAAGGUUUAAUGAACCGUGGAGAAAACAUUAUUGAUGAAGCUUCAAUUGCUGAAAAUUUACCAGAACAGGAAAUACUUAUACAAUCAGUAUGUGAAACAAUGGUUCCAAAGUUAGUAGCAGAAGAUAUACCAUUACUAUUUAGUCUACUUAAUGAUGUUUUUCCAAAUGUUAAUUAUACUCGAGCUGAAAUGAAGGGACUAAAAAGAGAAAUUAAAAAAGUAUGUAUAGAGGAAUAUUUGGUAUGUGGUGAAGGACAUGAGCAUGGCGGGGCCUGGCAAGAAAAGGUUCUUCAGCUUUAUCAAAUUUGUAACCUCAAUCAUGGUUUAAUGAUGGUGGGACCUAGUGGAUCUGGAAAAACAAGUGCUUGGAAGGUUUUGUUAAAAGCUUUAGAAAGAUUUGAAGGAAUUGAAGGUGUAGCUCAUGUAAUUGAUCCUAAAGCAAUAAGUAAAGAAAUAUUAUAUGGAGUUUUGGAUCCCAAUACUCGAGAAUGGACCGAUGGGCUUUUUACGCAUAUUCUGCGAAAAAUUAUUGAUAAUGUCCGAGGAGAAAUAAAUAAAAGACAAUGGAUCAUUUUUGACGGUGAUGUUGAUCCAGAAUGGGUUGAGAAUUUAAAUUCUGUUUUAGAUGAUAAUAAAUUACUUACUUUACCAAACGGAGAACGUUUAAGUCUUCCGCCGAAUGUACGCAUAAUGUUUGAAGUUCAAGAUCUAAAAUAUGCAACAUUAGCUACUGUUUCUCGUUGUGGUAUGGUUUGGUUUUCUGAAGAUGUUUUAUCGACUGAAAUGAUAUUCGAAAAUUAUAUACUCCGUCUAAAAAAUAUUGCUCUGGAUGAUGGAGAAGAAGACAGUAUAGUUAAGAAAUCUGAAAAAGAAGAUGCUAUAUCACCAACUAUAUCAGUACAACGCGAUGCUGCUAAUGUAUUAUAUGGAUUUUUUUCCCCAGAUGGUUUAGUUGUUAGAUGUUUAGAUUAUGCUUCCAAACAAGAACACAUAAUGGACUUUACUAGAUUAAGGGCUUUAAAUUCACUUUUUUCAAUGAUAAAUCAAUCCCUUCGAAAUAUUUUACAAUACAAUCAUACGCAUCUUGAUUUUCCAUUAUUAAGUGAACAAUUAGAACGUUAUGUUACGAAAUCUCUUAUUUAUGCAAUAUUGUGGAGUUUUACAGGAGAUGCGAAACUAAAGGCCAGAUCAGAUUUCGGAGAUUUCAUUAGAUCUAUUACAACCAUCCCAUUACCACCCCAAACAAAUAUUCCAAUAAUUGAUUUUAAAGUUGAUAUUCAAGGCGAAUGGCAGCCAUGGAGUCAUAAAGUACCACAAAUUGAAGUAGAAACACAUAAAGUAGCAUGUCCUGAUAUUGUCGUUCCAACUUUAGAUACAGUAAGACAUGAAAGUCUUCUUUAUACGUGGUUAGCUGAACACAAACCUUUAGUGCUUUGUGGACCACCAGGAUCUGGAAAAACAAUGACUCUUUUUUCAGCAUUAAGAGCUUUACCAGAUAUGGAAGUUGUUGGCUUGAAUUUUUCAUCAGCAACUACACCAGAAUUAUUACUAAAAACCUUUGAUCAUUACUGUGAAUAUCGUAAAACCCCAAAUGGAGUUAUUCUUUCGCCUGUACAACUUGGAAAAUGGUUAGUUUUAUUUUGCGAUGAAAUUAAUUUACCUGAAAUGGAUAAUUAUGGUACACAACGAGUCAUAUCAUUUUUGCGACAACUUGUAGAACAUAAGGGCUUUUUUCGUACAGCAGACCAGGCUUGGAUUUCGACAGAACGAAUUCAAUUUGUUGGUGCCUGCAAUCCGCCGACUGAUCCAGGUCGUAAGCCACUAAGUUACAGAUUCUUACGUCAUGUUCCUAUUAUAUAUGUUGAUUAUCCUGGAGAAGUUUCUUUAAAACAAAUUUAUGGUACAUUUAUUCGUGCAAUGUUGAGAUUAAUUCCUUCUUUGAGAGGUUACGCUGAACCAUUAACAAACGCAAUGGUCGAAUUUUAUUUAACAUCUCAAGAACGAUUUACACAGGAUAUGCAACCGCAUUAUGUAUAUUCUCCUAGAGAAAUGACUCGAUGGGUGAGAGGUAUAUGUGAGGCAAUUAGACCACUCGACAAUCUAUCAAUUGAAGGCUUAGUUCGACUCUGGGCACAUGAAGCUCUACGCCUUUUUCAAGAUCGAUUAGUUGAAGAUUCCGAACGACUUUGGACUAACAAAACUAUAGAUAUUGUUGCUUUAAAACAUUUUCCAAGUAUUAAUAAAGAAUCGGCUUUAUCUCGGCCAAUAUUAUAUAGUAAUUGGCUUUCCAAAGAUUAUGUUCCUGUAAGUCGACAGGAAUUACGAGAUUAUGUCAGAGCUCGGUUAAAAAUAUUUUACGAAGAAGAAUUAGAUGUUCCUUUAGUACUAUUUGAUGAAGUACUUGAGCAUGUUCUACGUAUUGAUAGAAUUUUUAGACAACCUCAAGGGCACCUUCUAUUAAUUGGUGUGUCAGGAGCUGGAAAAACUACUUUAUCACGAUUUGUUGCUUGGAUGAAUGGUUUAUCAGUGUUUCAGAUAAAAGUACAUAAUAAAUAUACUGCCGAAGAUUUUGAUGAAGAUUUACGUCAAGUUCUUCGUAGAUCAGGUUGUAAAGAUGAAAAGAUUGCCUUUAUUCUUGAUGAAUCAAAUGUUUUAGAUUCUAGUUUUUUGGAACGAAUGAACACCCUUUUGGCAAAUGGAGAAGUUCCUGGUCUAUUCGAAGGUGAUGAAUACACAACAUUAAUGACUCAAUGUAAAGAAGGUGCCCAGAGAGAAGGAUUGAUGCUCGACUCAAAUGAAGAAUUAUAUAAAUGGUUUACGGGCCAAGUAAUGAAAAAUUUACAUGUUGUUUUUACAAUGAAUCCUAGCACAGAUGAACUCAAAAAUAGAGCUGCUACAUCACCUGCGUUAUUUAAUCGAUGUGUUUUAAAUUGGUUUGGAGAUUGGUCUGAUAAUGCAUUAUUUCAAGUUGGAAAAGAAUUUACGAAUAGAAUUGACUUGGAUAACCCGAAUUGGAAGUGUCCAGAUUAUUUUCCUUCAUCUUGUUCAAUUCUUAUUGGUCAAACAACACAUCGGGAUGCUGUUAUAAAUGCUUGUGUAUACGUUCAUCAAACAUUACAUAAAGCUAAUACCAGAUUGAUAAAAAGAGGAUGCCGAACAAUGGCUAUAACUCCAAGACAUUAUUUAGAUUUUAUAAAUCAUUUUGUAAAAUUAUAUCAAGAAAAGCGUAGUGAUUUAGAAGAACAACAAUUACAUCUUAAUGUUGGGCUUGGUAAAAUUGCAGAGACUGUUGAACAAGUGGAAGAAAUGCAGAAAAGUCUUGCUGUUAAAUCCCAAGAACUUCAAGCUAAAAAUGAAGCUGCCAAUGCAAAAUUACGACAAAUGGUGAAAGAUCAACAGGAAGCUGAAAAGAAAAAAGUGCAGAGCCAAGAAAUUCAACAUCAAUUAGCAAUACAAACAAUAACAAUUCAUCAAAAACGAGAUGAUGUUAUGGCCGAUCUUGCUCAAGUUGAACCGGCUGUUAUUGAUGCUCAGAAUGCUGUUAAAUCCAUAAAGAAACAACAUUUAGUUGAAGUUAGAUCAAUGGCCAAUCCUCCUGCAAUAGUUAAAGUCGCACUGGAAUCUAUAUGUUUGUUAUUAGGUGAAAAUGCAAGUGAAUGGAAAUCUAUUCGUGCCGUUAUAAUGAGAGAUAAUUUUAUUAACACAAUCGUUUCUAACUUUAGUACUGAAAAUAUAACAGAUGAUGUUCGUGAUAAAAUGAAGAGUCGGUACUUGUGCAAUCCUGAGUAUAAUUUUGAGAAAGUGAAUAGAGCCAGUAUGGCUUGUGGACCAAUGGUAAAAUGGGCAAUUGCUCAGAUUGAAUAUGCAGACAUGUUAAAACGGGUUGAACCACUACGAGAAGAACUUUACUCUUUAGAACAACAAGCCGAAACUAAUAAAUGCAAAGGAGAAGAAGUGAAGAAUCUGAUCUCUCAGUUAGAGUUGAGCAUUGCUUCGUAUAAAGAGGAAUAUGCUCAACUAAUUUCUCAGGCUCAGGCUAUUAAAACAGAUCUUGAAAAUGUACAAGGAAAAGUCGAUAGAUCCAUAGCUUUACUUAAAUCUCUAGUUAUUGAAAGAGAAAGAUGGGAAUCAACUAGUGAAACAUUUCGUAGCCAAAUGUCUACAAUUAUAGGUGAUGUUUUAUUAUCAUCAGCCUUUUUAGCAUAUGCUGGGUACUUUGACCAACACUAUCGACAAAACUUAUUUACUACGUGGUAUCAAUAUUUACAUAAUGCCAAUAUUCAGUUUCGGCUUGAUAUUGCGAGAACAGAAUAUUUAUCAAAUCCUGAUGAGCGCCUUAGAUGGCAAGCGAAUGCAUUACCAGCAGAUGAAUUAUGUACUGAAAAUGCAAUCAUGUUAAAACGUUUCAAUAGAUAUCCUUUAAUUAUUGAUCCUUCUGGGCAAGCAACUGAAUUUUUAAUAAACGAAUUUAAAGAUCGGAAAAUUACAAAAACUAGUUUUCUCGAUGAUUCAUUCCGCAAAAAUUUGGAAAGUGCAUUGAGAUUUGGAAAUCCAUUACUUGUCCAAGAUGUAGAAAAUUAUGAUCCUAUUUUGAAUCCAGUUUUAAAUAGAGAACUUAGGCGUACGGGUGGGCGAGUACUUAUUACACUUGGUGAUCAAGAUAUUGAUUUGUCGCCCUCAUUUGUUAUAUUUUUAUCAACAAGGGAUCCAACCGUUGAAUUUCCUCCUGAUAUUUGCUCACGCGUAACUUUUGUUAAUUUUACUGUUACGCGUAGUUCUUUACAAAGUCAAUGCUUAAAUCAAGUUUUGAAAGCUGAACGUCCUGAUAUCGAUGAAAAGCGGUCUGAUUUACUUAAACUUCAGGGAGAAUUUCAUUUACGAUUAAGACAACUUGAAAAAUCAUUAUUACAAGCACUUAAUGAUGCUAAAGGUAAAAUAUUAGAUGAUGAUUCUGUUAUUACUACGCUUGAAACACUUAAACAAGAAGCUGAAGAUAUUAGUAAAAAAGUAGAAGAAACAGAUAAAGUCAUAGCAGAAAUCGAAACGGUAUCUCAACAAUAUUUACCGUUAUCACAAGCUUGUUCAAAUAUAUAUUUCACAAUGGAUAGCUUAAAUCAAAUACAUUUUUUGUAUCAAUAUUCAUUGAAAAUGUUUUUAGAUAUUUUUACCUCUGUUUUAACGAAAAAUGCAAAAUUAUCUGGCAUUUCAGAUUAUGUACAACGAUUAUUGUAUAUUACAAAUGAUCUUUUUUCAGUAUGUUACGAAAGAGUUGCUCGAGGUAUGUUACAUAAUGAUAGACUUACAUUUGCUCUGCUUUUAUGUCGUAUUCAUUUGAAAGGUAUGACAUCCGGUGUCACGUAUGACAAUGAGUUUACAUUUUUCUUACGUGGAAAAGAAGGUGUUUUAAAUAUUAAUAUACCACACAUACCAAACCUAAGUUCUGAACAACAAGAAGCUUUAAUACAUUUGAGUACCAGAUUAUCAGCAUUUCAUAAACUUGCCGAUAUCGUACAUAAUAAUGUAGAAUUUAAUACAUGGUUACAAUCACCCACACCAGAAACAUACGUGCCAAAACUUUGGAAUGAAGAAAAACCUAAUUCACGAAUUGGAACAGCAAUGAAUCAGCUUUUAAUUAUUCAAGCAUUUAGGCCUGAUAGAGUGAUUGCAGCUGCGUCAUUGGUAGUGAUAUCUGUUCUUGGGGAAACAUUCAUGAGUGCGGCAGAAACUGAAUUAGAUUUUUUUAAUGUAGUAGAGAAUGAGUUGAAAUCAUCUAUUCCUGCCUUGCUAUGUUCUGUACCUGGCUUUGAUGCGUCAAGUCGAGUAGAUGAUUUAGCAGCAGAAUUAGGAAAACCAAUUGUGAGUAUAGCUAUUGGCUCGGCAGAAGGUUUUAGUCAAGCUGAUAGAGCCAUUAACAUUGCUGUUAAAACUGGUAGAUGGGUUAUUUUAAAAAAUGUACAUCUGGCACCACAAUGGCUUAUACAAUUAGAGAAAAAGCUACAUAGUUUGCAACCUCAUCAUAAUUUCAGAUUAUUCUUAACAAUGGAGAUUAAUUCAAAGGUACCCGUAAAUUUACUUAGAGCUGGACGAAUCUUUGUAUUUGAACCACCGCCAGGAAUAAGAGCAAAUUUAUUAAGAACUUUUAGUACAGUACCAGCUUCUAGAAUGAUGAAACCACCAAAUGAAAGAGCUCGAUUAUACUUUUUAUUGGCAUGGUUUCAUGCUAUUGUUCAAGAACGUUUACGUUAUGUGCCACUUGGAUGGGCUAAGUAUUACGAAUUUAAUGAAAGUGAUUUAAGAGUUGCAUGUGAUACUCUCGAUACAUGGAUUGAAUCAACAGCUAUGGGCAGAACAAAUCUUCCACCAGAAAAGGUACCUUGGGAUGCAUUAAUUACAUUAAUGUCGCAAUGUAUUUAUGGAGGAAAAAUUGAUAAUGAUUUUGAUCAAAGAUUAUUAAUGUCUUUUCUUCGAAAAUUAUUUACUUCAAGAUCCUUUGAAGCUGAUUUUGCACUUGUAGCAAAUGUUGAUGGAACAUUAGGAAAUCAACGACAUAUUACUAUGCCAGAUGGAACAAGAAGAGACCAUUUUUUAAACUGGAUUGAAUCUUUAUCUGAUAAACAAACACCAUCUUGGCUUGGAUUACCAAAUAAUGCUGAAAAGGUCUUAUUAACAACGAGAGGCACAGACUUAGUUUCAAAAUUAUUAAAAAUGCAACAAUUAGAAGAUGAAGACGAAUUAGCUUAUAGUAAUGAUGAAUCUUUGGAUACUCAUCCAGAAGCAGAACCCGAUGGACGCCCUUCUUGGAUGAAAACUUUAUAUAAUUCAGCUUCAACGUGGUUACAAUUAUUACCUAAAUGUUUAACUAUUUUAAAAAGGACUGUAGAUAAUAUUAAAGAUCCCUUAUAUAGAUAUUUUGAAAGAGAAGUAAAUAGUGGAUCUAAGUUGUUGCAAGAUGUAAUACAUGAUUUGGAAGAUGUAGUUUCAAUUUGUCAGGGAGAAAAAAAGCAAACAAAUUAUCAUAGAACAAUACUAUCUGAAUUAAUAAAAGGUAUUUUACCUGUCGGAUGGAGGCGCUACACAGUUCCACGAGGAUGUACUGUAAUUCAAUGGAUAACAGAUUUUAGUCACAGAGUUUCACAAUUACAAGAAGUGUCAAGAUUAGUUUCACAAAAUGGCGCUAAAGAAAUAAAGAGCUUUCCUGUGUGGCUUGGUGGAUUAUUUAAUCCAGAGGCUUAUAUUACAGCAACGAGACAAUGUAUUGCACAAGCGAAUAGUUGGUCCUUAGAAGAACUACAAUUAGAUGUUUCGAUAUCUAAUGAAAAUAAUAUGUGUGAUGACUGCUCGUUUGCAGUAACUGGUUUAAAACUACAAGGAGCCCAAUGUAAAAAUAACCAAUUGUAUUUAGCAUCAACUAUAAUGACAGAUUUGCAUGUUACUAUGUUACGAUGGGUGCGUUUUUCUUCUACGGAGUCGAAAAAUAAACUUGCUUUGCCAGUUUAUUUAAAUAGUACUAGAACAGAGCUACUUUUUACAAUUGACUUAAAUAUAGCACCUAGUCAAGAUCCACAUAGUUUUUAUGAAAGAGGAGUAGCAAUUUUAACUUCAACUGCUCUAAACUGAUGUUUCAAAAUCGUAUCUACUGUUCUUAUUCAUAGUGAUAUUAAAAUUAAAUGUAAAAAUAACUAUAUCACACUUUACGAAAA